AUGAAGGUCUUCGCCAUCCUCGCCUUCAUCAUGGCUGCGCUGCUCAGCACAGUCUGCGCCCAGAAUGUCACCUACUCUACCGCUACGUCCACCUUCACGAAGACGGUCUACCACACCGUGACCAUCUCGGUCAACAUCGCCACCCUGCCUGGCUUCGCACCUCAUGGUCCUGCCUUCGGCUCUUCCGCUUCUGCUGCGUACGAUCCCUCUGUCGAGCUCAAGAGUAUGGUCGUCCAGACCAUUCAACUCACCUCCACCAUCUACUCGACUGAGGUCGACGGUGUGAUCGUCACAUCCCUGAGCACUGUUGUCGCUCCCGUCACCUCCACCGACCUUCAGGAAGUGACCUCGACCACUACCAAGCACGCUGGCACCACCGUCACUACCACCACGACUUCACUGGUCGUCUCGGCUUCGACCCCUAGCGUGGCUGCCACUAGCCUCACUAUUCCGCAGGAGGUUGCGCAGAUGUGGGGUCUGAACGGAAUUGAGCAGGUGGAGGCCAGAUCUUGGUUAGUCUUCAGUGUGGUUUUGUUGGGGGUGGCUCACUACCUGUUCUUUGCUCACCACUAA